AUGUCAUUUCCUCCGCCAAACCGCACCUAUCAAGUUCGAUUCGAGCCCCAGAUCCCCAUCCGGGAGAUCCUUUCUCGUCCAAACCCCAGUCUUGACGUUCAGGGCAAUCUGGGAGCUCCCAGACAGGAUCCUACAGCCGUCAAUGUCUUUUCCUCACAAGUCACACUGUGGGCAGAUUUCAAUAUUGCAGCCCUUACCCAAGCGUAUGGCGACAUCAUGGCCCUUCGCUUGGCCACUGCCACCGAUGAUCAGCCACCUAUUCUAACCAUCAACUCCAUUGAGGACAUCAAGUCAAAGAUGUUCCAGGACAAAAUCUGGUCUCGGAUUAGGGAGCCAAUCGCCGUGGGCGCACGAGUCUUUCAAAGUCGCCUUAACGGACAGUCUCCCCCCGCCGUAGACAUGAUACCAGGCCAUUCUUUGCCCGGCAAUCGAACCUCCACAAUUUCACUGACUUCUGGUCAGAGCCGGACACCUCUGGUCGUUAGUUGCAUUGUGACAAGAUCGUGGAGAUCCGUUGACCUCACGAAUCCCACAAACGAUAGAGUCAUGCGUCCUAUUCGCCGCAUCGCGACCUAUUGUAUCUCGGCCCAGACUCGCUACGGCUUUAUCGCCACUGUCGAUGAGUUCGUUGUUGUACGCGUGAGCGCGAAAGGGUCCGGCACCGAGACACGAUACCAUGUCGAAUGGCAAGCCGUGCUCUGGAAUGCAUGCGGUCAGAAUGUCAUGACUGUCAGCAAAGCCUUGCUUUUCCUCACGAUGAUGAGCCUCAAUGAGCGCCAUCGAGGAGUGUGCUCCCUCGGGUCCGCGCGCCCACUGAAUCUCUGGCAGAGGUACAUAGGUCCCGCUGGGCCUUUCUACUGCCACCAUUUGUCCCUGCGGCAAUCCUUUACCCGUCCCGUCGGUGCCAUCAUCGAGGAUGGACCUCUAUUCUAA